UCGGUGUGUUUCAAUAGUACGCGUACCGCAAUCACUCGACGCGGAUCUUUCUGCGGGACAUUCAAUUAAAUUAAUCUUCCAUUGCCAUAACAUCAAAUCACUGUAUCACUCAAUUAAAAUCACAUUGAAUCACCCCCCGAAUCAUCCAAAAUCAAAUAUUCCGCGAAAUUCCACUAAAUCGGCAAUCCGUGUCAUGAUAUUUCACAACGAAUAAUUCCUCGGUAAUAAUUACAUCAAAUUAUUCCCGAGAAUAUGGACAAGCUAAAAAUUAAUUUACAGAUGGCAAAGUGCAAGCGAAAAAUUUUCCCAUUUUAAAAGGAAGAAUGAUCCAUUCUGAUCAAUUAUUCAAACGAUACCAUUAUAUUCCGCUGAUUUUGAAGAGUGAAAAAGUUUUCUCCAUGGAGCACUGUUAUUUCAAGUUUUCAAUUGAGUGGGUGAAAGAAAAAUGAAUGCUGUUGUUCGACUGGUAAUUAAUGGUAUUAUGUAGGUCGGGGAUUAUCAAGUGCUGAGUAAAUAAUUGCCGCAUCAGUCGGUCGGUCAAGCACGUGGUGAUUUUUAUUGCCAUUCACCACUGUUUGUUUCGAGUAAAAAAUAAAGAAAACAGAUCGAAGAGAAAACAAACAGUGAUUAUUCAUGCGGAAAUUCUUUCAAUAACAUCGAAUUCCAUGGGGAUAAUCUAGGGAAAUUCUAGUAUUCUCGAACUUUGUGUGGCCCAUUGAAGAAUCAUGAUGUCCAGCCAGAAGAGCCCGUCCGUCAUUCCCUUUGUUUAUCCAGAAUCCAUUGAAUUGAUCCUCAGUGUCUCCGAGUCAAUGGUCAGAGGGACUCAGCAAAAUUCCUGGGAUGCGUAACGAGAUGUACGAGGUGCAGUCUGCUGGCUGGUUGAGUCGUCGACCAUCCGACGACUGAUUAUGUCGUCGGGUCACACCGGAUAUCGUCUUGCUAGUUUCCUCCUGUCAUUUCCCACUGUGGCCCUACGUUCUCUCUCUCCAUCACACUCUCUCCUACCUCUGAUCAUUAUCCUCCAAUUGGGGCUCGUUUGUGCUGAUGAUUAUUCGAUUAACUCAAAGCUCACGCGUCACAAUGGAGCUGUCAGUGUCUUCAACGUCAAAUGGAGAACAAGUGGAAGGCCAUCUUCCUCCACGGAGACGAGUCACAACACAACAGAGGAAGUUACUCAGUCAUACUGUGAUUCAAAAGAUUGUAUAGCAAAGAAUAAUACCAAUUACUUAAAUGAGAGUGAGGAUGAUGAGACUCAGGCGGUGACAAGCUCGUCAAUCACAGUAGAAACAUCGGAUGAUCCAGCCGAGCCACAAGACCGGGGGAUGAGCCAAGGAGAGGAGUUUGUAACAGCUGAUGGGCAAGUAGAGGCCAUUGAGGAUCUUGUUAGUUUGAGUUCUGGCACUGUCACACCAAAAACGUGGGAUAAGGUGGACGUGACGAUUCUGGGGCUUUUCGAGUUGACACAGGGUAGUGAGGCAAGACCCGAGGGACCCAGCGAGCUACAAGCUGCCAAGUUUGCCAUCGAUCGGAUCAACCAGAUGGAUAUUGUGCCGAGAUUUAGGAUGGAAUUGCUCCGUAAUGAUACCAGGUGUGACCCAGGUGUUGGUGUGGAUCGUUUUUUCCACGCUCUGUACACAGCCAAACCGGGCACGAUAAUGCCAUUCUUACUGGGGACAGCCUGCUCUGAGGUCACUGAAACCCUAGCCAAAAUUGUACCCUACUGGAAUAUCGUGCAGGUUUCCUUUGGCUCAACAGCACCAGCAUUAUCCGAUCAGUCCGAAUUUCCUCUCUUCAUGAGGACCGUUGCACCAGAUUCCAGUCAUAACCCAGCGAGGAUUGCGCUAAUAAAACAUUUUGGAUGGGAUACCGUCACGACUCUAUCGCAAACUGGCGAUAUGUAUUCUCUGGCUGUUAAUGACCUCGUAACUGAAUUAGAACAGGCCAAUAUCACCUGCACAGCCACCAUAACAUUCAGCGAGAAUGACUACCGGGAACAGCUGACCACUCUCAAGGUUCGUGAUACUCGGAUCAUCAUCGGGAGUUUCUCACCGAAAUUAGCACCUAAAGUAUUUUGCGAGGCGUGGAAGCUUGGUAUGUACGGUGGAGAUUAUGCCUGGAUCCUUCCGGGUGAGACCAUCGACCUUUCUGGAAUGACUGGCGAUUGGUGGCACACACAGGGGGAUAACGAUUGCUCAUCAUCUCAACUUACCCAGACCCUCGAUGGUGUUAUCAUUGUCAAGAGUCAUGGCACUGUUCUUCCAGAACAAACCAGCUCAUCUGGCUUGACGAGCAUUGAAUUCGCCUCGGAGCUUGCAAAAAGAGGUGUAACACUUUCACGAUUUGCCGGGCAAACGUAUGACGCGGUUUGGGCGAUGGCGAUGGCAUUGUCAACGGUGGAAACACUAUUGCAUCAACGUAACACGAGUAUCACUGAGUAUACACAUUUGAGACGUGACAUAGCGUAUGACCUCCAUGCUGAACUGAAGAAUUUGAAUUUUCUCGGUGUUUCGGGUCCGGUGUCUUUCGAUGGUGCUGAUCGCGUGGGGAUAACCGCUUUUUAUCAGAUGCAGGGUCAUGCAGUUAGAAGAGUAGCUAUUUACACCCCGGAAGAUGCUAUAUUGAUGCUAGAUUGUCCUGGAUGCGCGAAUGUCAGAUGGCCAGGGGGUCAUCCACCAGUGGCCCGACGUGUUUUCAGGAUACGAAUGGUAACAAUCGAUCCAGCAGCAUUUCUGGCGGUGGCCUGCCUCGCCAGUGUUGGAAUGACCCUAGCCCUGUCAUUUCUCGCAUUCAAUCUUCAUUUCCGUCGACACAAGAGCAUAAAACUCUCGAGUCCUCGUUUGAAUAACAUGGCUGCUGUUGGAUGUGCUCUAGUUUACGGGGCUGUAAUACUUCUCGGUCUGGAUCAUGCUACCCUUCCAAACAACUAUUUCCCAACGAUAUGCACAGCACGAGUUUAUCUGCUCUCGGCGGGAUUUUCUCUCGCCUUCGGAUCCAUGUUCACCAAGACCUACAGGGUGCAUCGGAUUUUCACUAGAAGUCGAAGUGGCGUCGUUAAAAAUAAGUUACUCCAGGAUACUCAACUGAUUAGUUUGAUUUUCGUUCUGCUGCUGAUUGACGGACUAAUUGUAACAUUGUGGGUAACGCUGGAUCCGAUGGAGCGAUAUCUGCGGAAUCUCACAUUGGAGAUAAGUCCACAGGAUCGCGGAGUGGUGUAUCAGCCCCAGGUUGAAGUCUGUCGAUCACAACACACUAAUGGCUGGCUGGCAUCCCUUUACGCUUACAAAGGCUUGCUGUUGGUUGUUGGGGUGUACAUGGCAUGGGAAACUAGACACGUUAAAAUCCCAGCGCUCAAUGACUCCCAGUACAUCGGUAUGAGCGUCUACUCUGUGGUAAUAACAUCUGGAAUAGUCGUUGUAUUGGCUAAUUUAAUGUCCGAUCGUGCCACCCUCGCAUUCGUGACAAUCACAGCACUUAUACUGGCAUCUACAACAGCAACACUGGCACUUCUAUUUCUACCACAGCUUGCGCAUAUACUCGGGGGUGAACGAGCUGAUCCGGUUGUUCAGAGUCUAGGGCUCAAGAUUGAGUGCAACACAAGGAGAUUCGUUCACGAUGAUCGCAGAGAACUGCAGUACAGAGUCGAAGUACAGAAUCGUGUUUACCGUCGUGAGAUGGCACAGUUGGAGUUCGAAUUAGCAAGGCUGGAGAAACAAUUGGGCCAAGAGCCAAUUGAUCCUUCUCAUGCAUCAUCCAGUGCAUCAAUUCCCCAGAGAAAUCCAAGUAUCGGUGGAGGAUUGCCUUUGCUGUUGUUGAGUGUUUUACCACCUGUUAUACCACGAGCGAGCUGGCCAUCCGCCAAUUCCUCUGGAAUGCGUCGAGGAACCGUAGCGUUUAGCAGUCAACCAGAUUUGGAGCCGAAUGGUGCCCGUAGCAGUUUGGCUGACAUAUACAAAUUGCAAUGGAGACGCGAAACGGAAGGACCGAGUCGCUUGGGGGUCUUCCAGCGUCUCUUCAGUCUCUUCGGCAGCCGUCCCAAUAGUCGAAAAACUUCUACAGCUUCCAUUACCGGUGUUGCCUCAGCUCUCAGGGUUCACAUGGGAUACAUAGCUGGACUGGUGCCGGGUACCAAAGCCUCCUCUACUUGUCAGAUGAAUCUACCCCAAGGCAUGCGUCCGCCACAUCCGAGAUGCGGUUCCGGUCCCAUAAUCAACAUAACUAGUGAAGAGGAUAGGCGAUUGAGUCUUGGAUUGCGACGAAAAGAGAGCAGCGAGCCACGAGUCAACUUUAGUCUACCACUCAAAACGCGCUCGGAAAAUUCCUCUCGCGAGAGAAUAAAAGGUUCACCCCGAUUCCCUCAUCGCAUAAUGCCGGCAAAUAGCCUAGGAACAAUUCCACUUGGAACCGAUGAAUCUAUAGAGCACCGUUGGCAUUCGAUGGACGAUGCAUCACGCUCUAAAGUUACAAAUGCAUCACUCCGGAAUACCACUGGCCCUUGCACACCGAAUUACGAUGUAUGGGCCACACAUCAAGUUGGAAUUCCCUUGAGUGAAUUAGCAAAUACUAUUCGAGGAAAACGCCAACCCGAAACCCGACAAUCACUGAUCAUUCCAGCUGAUUCCAACGCUAGCCCUGAUGACAUUCUACUUGGCAAUGAUCUCAGGCAGCUCUUCAAAGAGACCGGAUCGUCAUUGACACUAACUGAGGAUAAUAGUGCUGAUGUCGAAUUGCAGAUUAUUCAAUCUAUUAAUUUACCCAUCAAUGACACCACGAGAUCUCAGUCGACGCACUUCAAUGCUGAAAGCGGAGAUAUAACUAGCCAACUUUCUCAACACACCGAGUCUUCAGGUAAUAAUAAUGAACUGGAACUUCUCAAUUCGGAAAAUUCUGGUGAGCCGAUCGAUAUUACGUAGAAACAGUCAUGCUGUCAGUUGUUGUGCCAAUAAUGGAGAAUGAAAAAUCAAAACGGAAGGGAUUGGCUUCACAAUGCUCUAGGACUCUCCUGGGACCAAAUAUUUUCACAAAUAUGUGAAGAUGAAAAAGGAAUUAUUUGGAAUGGAAUUCGAACUGACAUUGUAGCUCAAACAUGGCUGCAUAAUAAUUAUCUAAUCGCAUUGAAUGCCCCCUAAUUCCUGGUACCUGCUGAACAAUUAAAUCAUUAAACUAUUAUUAAUGUUUCAAUAGUAUAUUGAGGUGAAGUGAAGUUCGAACGGGGAUGUGAUGGCCGAUUGGCAAUAAGCGGAAGUUGACUCGUAUCAAUGAAUAUUUGUAUAAUGAUUCUCUUCUCCUUAUUCCACUCAAUAUCAUUUUGUUUUCAUAAUGAAUAGAGUAUAUAGGCAGUAUACAAUAGAACGAAAUACAAAUAUUUUUUCGUGUUGUGCAGGGGUGUACCACCAAUGUUCUUUGGCAAUAAGAGGCAUCAUUCUGUGUGUACAAAUAGGUGUUGAAAAGAAAUGAAUCAUGACGUUUAAAUGUUCAACAAUAAUCAAGACGUAUCAGUGCAUUGUUAAGCAUUGUUUGAGAAGGAAUGUACGAUGAAAAUGUAUGUAAUUCAUGUUCUUAUUACCGUUCAUGUUAUCUCAAAGAAAAUACGACUACAAUGCUCAUUUGUUAUGAUGUAUUUUUAUUCAUGGAUAUCUUCAUUUUCUGUAUAAUCAUAUCUUCUUUGUAUGACAGUAUCAUAU